AUGCGCGCUAAGCAGCUGCCGCUAGGAUCUGGAUUUAUUGCCGAGUCGAGCUUGAAGUGGGAAUUUAAGAGCACAGUGAUGUUUUGUGAGGUGGCUGAACUGGAAACCAGGCUUUGUAUGCCUCGCCAAGAGACUUGGGGGAUCAGAGGGCAUCUAGAUGAUGAUGGGUUGCCACAUGGUUUCUGUACAGUCACCUAUUCAUCGACAGACAGAUUUGAGGGAAACUUUGUGCAUGGAGAAAAGAAUGGCCGCGGCAAGUUCUUCUUUUUUGAUGGAAGCACCCUGGAAGGGUACUAUGUUGAUGAUGCCCUGCAAGGCCAGGGAAUCUACACUUACGAGGAUGGAGUGGUCCUUCAUGGCACAUAUGUGGAUGGAGAGCUGAAUGGACCAGCCCAGGAGUAUGACAGUGACGGGCGGCUGAUAUUCAAAGGGCAGUAUAAAGACAACAUUCGACAUGGAGUUUGUUGGAUUUAUUACCCGGAUGGAGGCAGCCUUGUGGGAGAAGUGAAUGAAGAAGGGGAGAUGACUGGAGAGAAAAUAGCUUAUGUGUACCCGGAUGGAAAGACUGCAUAUUCUGGAAGGUUCAUAGAUGGAGAAAUGAUAGAAGCAAAACUGGCAACUCUGACAUCUGUAGAGGAUGGGAAACCUCAGUUUGAAGUAGUACCAGGCAGCCCAGUAUACAGUUUUGACAAAUCUACUUCAUCCUGCAUUUCUACAAAUGCACUUCUUCCUGAUCCUUACGAGUCAGAGAGGGUGUAUGUUGAUGUCUCUCUCAUUUCCAGUGCUGGGGAAGGAUUAUUUUCGAAAAUAGCAGCAGAAGCCAAUACAGUUAUGUCCUUUUACAACGGAGUGCGAAUUACACACCAGGAGGUAGACAGCAGAGACUGGGCCCUCAACGGAAAUACAAUAUCCCUGGAUGACGAAACAGUCAUAGACGUGCCAGAGCCCUACAACCACGCUGCCAAGUACUGUGCCUCGCUGGGGCAUAAGGCCAACCAUUCUUUCACUCCUAACUGCAUCUACGACCCGUUUGUUCAUCCUCGUUUUGGGCCUAUCAAGUGUAUCCGUACCAUCAGGGCUGUGGAGAAGGAUGAGGAAUUAACAGUGGCUUAUGGAUACGAUCACAACCCCGUUGGGCAAAACGGGCCAGAAGCACCGGAGUGGUACCAGCUGGAACUGAAAGCUUUCCAGGCUGCCCAGCAAAAGUGAAACGGGAGCUCCUUCUCCAUUCAGCAAACUGAAAUAGAAACUUGGAUCUAUGCACUACCUUUAUACUGAAAACUGGACAACCAGGGAUUGUUCAUGAUGUUGCAUCAUAACUUUGCAUUCUGUGUUAAGAGAUAAGUUUCUUGCA